AUGCCACUCCAACUUCAGCCCCUGGAAUUAUCAGACUUUGACACUCUCAUUUCGCAUGCAUCUACACAUGCUCCAGGCGAUGAUCUCGUCGCACCUCUUAACCCCUUGGUCUGGCCCGUCCGCACACGCGCCGAAGCGCAAGCGAGGGCCCGACACAACUUCGCGCUGCAAAAGUGGCGUUUCGUAGAGGAUCCAACGACCCGGUUCCUCAAAGUCGUCGAUCCAGAGGACGGCGGCCAGAUCGUCGCCGUGGCUCGCUGGCAUUUCUACCCGCAGGGCUACGACUACGCCGAGCAGGCGCAUUGGGAAAUGGCGCCCGCGACACCGCUGAAGAAGUACCUUGCCGCCGUCAACGGCCGAGAACAGCCAGGGGAGGGUAGUUCGGAAGCAGAUGUAGAGUCAGACAUGCAGGAGGAUGUCUACCCACCGCGCAAUUUCAACAUCGCCCUGCACAACCACAUCCUCGCAUCCAGGGACGCGUUCCGUCCGUCCUGGAUCCCGGGCCGCGCGCCAUGCUGGGUCCUGAUGCACCUCGUCACACGCUCCAGCCAGAGACGGCGGGGCGCCGCGGGUCUGUUGGUGCGCUGGGGCAUGGAUCGGGCACAGGAGACGGGCGCGUGUGCCUACCUCGAGGCGGGGGUGCAAGGCCGGCCGGUGUACGAGAAGUUCGGGUUCGAGCAAAUCGGUGAGGAGAGGAGGGUUAGUUUCGCACGGUUCGUAGGGGAGGAUGGCCCGAGGGAGAUUGUCAUGGCCAAUAUGAGGUGGAAUCCUGAAGUGCAGGAGGACACGCCAGGUGAGAGUAUCUAG